CUUAAUUUUGUAGGAUAUAGUAUACAUUAAUAAUUAGUAGUCAGCUCUCAAUCCCUUAAAAUCAGAAACCCUUAAAAUAUUGAUACUAAUCGAAAGUAAUUCUUACCAAGCUCCGGCGACGGUCGGAUUCACCGGCAUCGAUAAAGAAGCCGCACUCCUCUUUCCUCGCCUUUCCUAUUCGUCUCUCCCUCUAUCUCCGUCAAGAAGAGAUUUCAACGUUGUACUUGGAACCAGCGGGUGAAUCCCAACAAUGUCGGAUAUUAGGAAGUGGUUUAUGAAACAGCAUGACAAGAACAAUGGCAAUGCACCGAAACCAGCAAAACCUGCGGCGGCAGUAAAGCUUUCACCUGUUACCUCCCAGCAAGUGAAUGUGGUGCAUGAAGACCAAGAAAGUUCAGGCAGAAGGAAAACCAGUAAGUACUUUGCUACUGAGAAACAAAAACCGAAAGAUGAAAAGGAACUUGAGGAACUAUCAGCAAAAAGAAAGGGCCGAAAGGAAGGUGACGUAUCCAGUGAUGUCAAACUUCCACCUCUAAAGAAACUUCACAAAGUUGACGACGAUGUCGACGAUGACGAUGACUAUGUUUUUCCCAGUUCAAAGAAGGGUGUAGUAGAUGUCACCCCCAACAAGAAACUGAAGAGUGGUUCGGGUAGGGGAAUUGCCCAAAAACCGACACAUAAUGUUGAAAGCGAUGAAGAUAAGAAUGAUGAGAAAGAUACGAAACCUCUUCUUAAGUCUGCUGGAAGGGGUCGUGGAGGAAAAGGUGCUUCAAGGGGACAGGCUGGCAGCAAAGGGAUUGAUGUUGAUGAAAGCGAUGAAGAGAAGGAUAAUGACUCAAAGUCUGCUAAAGCCACUGGGCGGGGCCGCGGUGGAAAAGGUGCAUCAGCAGCACCAGGAGGUGGAAGAGGCAGGGGUGGGGGAGGGCGGGGUGGAUUCAUGAAUUUUGGUGAAAGGAAAGAUCCUCCACACAAAGGAGAAAAGGAAGUCCCGGAAGGUGCUCCUGAUUGUUUAGCUGGUUUGACUUUUGUAAUAAGCGGGACACUUGACAGUUUGGAAAGAGAGGAAGCAGAAGAUCUGAUUAAACGCCAUGGAGGUCGUGUCACUGGAUCUGUCAGCAAAAAGACGAGCUAUCUCUUAUGCGAUGAAGAUAUUGAGGGGCGGAAAUCCUCCAAAGCCAAAGAGCUUGGAACUGCUUUUCUUAGUGAGGAUGGAUUGUUUGAAAAGAUCCGGGCAUCAAAUCAAGGAAAAGCAGCUGCAAAGGAAGAAUCAAAGAAAGCUGUGAAUAAGGUGGUUGCAUCCCCGGUUAAGAAGAGCCCUCAAAAAGUAGAAGUGAAGAACCAAGCAAGCAACCCUCCAGCUAAAAGUGCAGCUCUUAAAGGUCCGACAGCAAGUGCUUCUCCUGCAAAGCAAAAAGUGCAUAUUAAAAAAGGGGAUGCUUUGUUGCCAUGGACUGAAAAAUAUAGACCAAAAGUUCCAAAUGACAUUGUAGGGAAUCAGUCACUGGUGAAGCAGCUUCAUGAUUGGCUGACACACUGGGAUGAGCAGUUCCUGAAUACUGGUGGCAAGGGAAAGGGGAAAAAACAUAAUGACUCUGGUGCUAAAAAAGCUGUAUUACUAAGUGGUACACCUGGCAUAGGGAAGACUACAUCAGCAAAGUUGGUCAGUCAGAUGCUUGGAUUCCAGCCAGUUGAGGUUAAUGCAAGUGAUAGUCGCGGAAAGGCUGAUACCAAAAUUGAAAAAGGAAUAGGUGGAAGUACUUCAAAUUCUGUGAAGGAACUUGUUUCCAAUGAAGCCUUGAGUGUUAACAUGGAUCGUUCAAAGCAUCCAAAAACUGUGCUCAUUAUGGAUGAGGUUGAUGGCAUGUCUGCUGGUGAUAGAGGUGGUGUGGCUGAUCUUAUUGCUAGCAUCAAAAUCUCCAAAGUUCCUAUCAUCUGCAUUUGUAAUGACCGCUACAGCCAAAAACUAAAAAGUCUUGUGAACUACUGUUUGCUUUUGAGCUUCCGGAAACCUACAAAGCAGCAGAUGGCAAAGAGGUUAAUGCAAGUUGCAAAAGCAGAAGGACUUCAAGUUAAUGAGAUUGCACUCGAAGAGCUUGCAGAAAGAGUCAAUGGAGAUAUGCGCAUGGCUCUGAACCAGUUGCAGUAUAUGAGUCUCUCCAUGUCAGUCAUUAAAUAUGAUGAUGUCAGAGAGCGCCUUCUUAGUAGUGCAAAGGACGAAGAUAUUUCACCAUUCACAGCUGUUGAUAAGCUUUUUGGGUUUAAUGGGGGGAAACUGCGAAUGGAUGAGCGGAUCAACCUAAGCAUGAGUGAUCCGGAUCUAGUCCCUCUUAUCAUUCAGGAAAACUAUAUCAAUUAUAGGCCAAGCUCGGUUGGGAAAGAUGAUGAUGGGAUAAAACGGCUUAAGUCAAUUGCCCGUGCUGCAGAGUCUAUUGCAGAUGGUGAUAUAAUAAAUGUACAGAUACGGAGAUAUCGACAGUGGCAGCUCUCCCAGACUGGAACCCUAGCAUCUUGCAUUAUUCCUGCUGCAUUGUUGCAUGGCCAAAGGGAGAUACUUGAACAGGGAGAACGUAACUUCAAUAGAUUUGGCGGGUGGCUUGGAAAGAACUCAACAAUGGGGAAGAAUUUGAGACUUCUGGAGGAUAUGCAUGUUCAUCUUCUUGCUUCUCGUGGAUCUGGUCUGGGAAGGACAACACUGCGAGUUGAUUACCUUACUCUUCUUCUGAAACAGCUGAUUGAUCCCCUUAGAGUGCUGCCUAAGGAUGAAGCUGUGGAGAAGGUUGUGGAGUUUAUGGAUUUCUACUCUAUAAGCCAGGAGGACUUCGACUCUAUGGUGGAGAUGUCAAAAUUUAAGGGACACCCAAAUCCGCUAGAUGGUAUACAGCCAGCUGUCAAAGCUGCACUGACAAAGGCAUACAAUAAAGGAAGCAGGUCACGUGUCAUUCGGACAGCUGAUUUAAUCAACCUUCCUGGUAUUAAAAAGGCGCCUAAAAAGCGGGUUGCAGCAAUGUUAGAACCAGUGGAGGAUGGAUUAGCAGAGGGCAAUGGUGAUGCCUUGGCAGAAAAUGAAGAGAAUUCUUCGGACACAGAAGACUUGGGAGAUGGUGCUGGUGAGGAAAAGCCAGAAUUGGAUCUCCAGAGUCUCAACUCAAAAGGGAUUCAAGUAGACAUGGACUUGAAGGGUGGUGGAACCAAAGGUGCCAAGAAGGUGCCAUUAGGCAGAGGCAAAGGAGGUGCUGAAGCCGCAGAUAAGAAAGGCGGAGGACGAGGUUCUGGGUCGGCUGUCAAGAGAAAGCGAUAAGAGUAUGCGAUGAAAGCAGAUAAGAAAGGGGGAGGACGACGUUCUGGGUCAGCUGCCAAGAGAAAGCGACGAGGAUGCGAUGAAAGUAGAAGGCUUUCAUAAUUUUGUCUUAGUCUAUAGUCAGUGUAAGUAAUCAUCCCCCUCUGGAUUUUUUUUUGUCUUUCUGGAUUCCUUGGCAGCAUGGGAAGAUGUUCCUUGCUUCUGUUUGGGAUGUGGUUGUUCAACCUUGUGGAAUGAUAUUUCGAGUGUAGUGUGUUUUGAUGCGAUGAUUUA